ACAGCUCCGAAAAUGUUCAAGUUACCUGAAUUUCCAUCUCCAUUUCCAUAAUAUAAUAACUGGAUUUUCUUCUCCUUUAUCUUAACACUGAGAGGGAGACGUUGAUGCUCAGGUUGUAAUUAAUCAGUCCGAUAAUGCUAAUAAUAAGUAUAACAACAAUAAUAGUAACAACAAUCUCAAACGUAUGAUCCAUCUGGAUUUGAUCUAUUUGUUUGACUCGAUCUGGAGACAGGCACCUAAAAAUGUCACUUGUAUGUAUGUACUUCUAUGUAACAACAAAACAUGACAUUAUUAAUCCAUCUGAGAAUUCAUUUUCCUUCAAACUUUGACCCGAGGCACCCAGUCUUUUUUUUUUUUAGGAAUAUAUGUCUCAGCUCCUGAUGUGGCUCAUGAGACCUUUGUUGCAUCUUUGUUCUCAGUCAUCUUCUCAUCCAAGUUCAGGAAUGACAGAACUGAGACACCUGUAGGCUUACUUGCGCCAUGCACGUUUGGUACCUGAGGGAACAACCCGCUGGAACAACCUGAGGCAGAAGACGCGACUCUCUGAGCACCAAAUGGAAACUUUAUGCUUCAGUCAUAACAACUCGACACACCUCAGAUGUUUCCUUUGGCCUCCUCCAGAGACUGUGAAGCCUUUUUUUUUUGUCUCUCUCUCUCUCGUUCAAAGGGCGGAUUUGUUUCUGGCUUGUUUCAGUUCUCAUUCUCUCGAUCAGUAAGAACGUUUGGAGAAACAGCCGUCGAGCUGCUGAUGUGCCCUCGAGCAAGGCACUACACCUGCACAGCUGCCCUGAUCGAGCAAAAAAAAAAAAAAAAAAAAAAAAGUCUCUUUGCCCAUCUAUUAACGCGGUGGAACUUCAAGUCCUGACUGGAGUUGGCGGUGUUAAAUGACUGAAGCAGUGGAGUCUGUAACUGAUAGAGGGACUAAAUCUCAUUAUGAGCAGCACCAGCAGCUUGUAGACUCCCCCCUGAAGAACAAUGUGGGACUGGAUGAGUGUGUGGGCACCUGUUAGCUGCUCGCAGUCUAUCACCAUGAGGAAGCGGCGCUAAGUGGAUGUGACUGCUCUGAUUGCGCUCCAUGGGAAAGCGAGAAGAAAUAGCCUACCUCUGAUCACCAACGCGUCAUAUAAUGUUUCAGCGGACGCCCCUCCCCCUGUCUCGUUUUUUCCCCUCACUCAACCUCUCCUUUGACUCACAGAGGCGGCUCACCACUGGUGCACGGACCGUGGAGGAUACGGGCAGAAGAUGGCUGACUUAGCCGGGCACCGCAAGCCCUCGGCGGCGUCGCCAGCGUCACACGGGCCGCUGAAAAGCUGCAAGACAUCCGCCGUCUGGCGACUGUAAACAGCUGCCGCUGCCUCUCUCGCCCCCCCUCUCCUCUCCCUUCCUCACCGCCAAUAUUGACAGAAGUAUCACAGAGAAAACAUGGCAGAGAUGGAAAAAGAGGGCAGACCUCCGGAAAAUAAAAGAAGCCGAAAACCAGCUCACCCGGUGAAAAGGGAGAUAAAUGAAGAGAUGAAGAGUUUUGCGGAGAGCACCAUGAACGAGCUGCUGGGCUGGUACGGUUAUGACAAGGUGGAGCUGAGAGACUCUGACAACCUGGACAUAGGGGAGACGCCGCAGCACAUCUCCGUCCUCAAAGAAAACUUGUUGCCAAAAAUCCAACCUUCAGCAGACAGUGGCGAAGGCUCUCCAGAUCGAGCCAACAGCUCCCAGUCGUUGCCAGCCUCCAGGAACGGAGUCACAGAGCCCUCCACCACACCGUCCACCUCCACGCCCAGCACCAAGGAACAUGGCAACCUGCCCAUCAUAGUCCCCAUGAUCCCCCCGCCACUGAUCAAGCCCCCUGCAGAUGAAGAUGCAUCCAACGUGCAGAUCAUGUGCGCCUGGUGCCAGAAAGUCGGAGUCAAGCGCUAUUCUCUGAGCAUGGGGAGCGAGCUGAAGAGCUUCUGCAGUGAGAAGUGCUUCGCUGCCUGCCGCAGAGCCUAUUUUAAGAGAAAUAAGGCGAGAGACGACGAUGGCCUCGGUGGGAAAUUACCCCAGCACAGCUUUACUCAGGACACGCCCAGGCUUGUCUUCAAGACAAACAGCGAUGUGCUUGUGUGUGACUGGUGCAAACAUAUUCGCCACACUAAGGAGUACCUGGACUUUGGUGCUGGUGAGCGGAGGCUGCAGUUCUGCAGUGCCAAAUGCCUGAACCAAUAUAAGAUGGACAUUUUUUACAAGGAGACCCAGGCUGCGCUGCCUGGAGCACUGUGUAACCCAGGACAUGGGGCUGGUGGGGAGGGUAAACUGGAGUGCAGUGGAGGGGUACAGCUGCUCACUCCUGAAUCGUGGGGAACACCGUUAUCGGACCUACGGCGUAAAGCUCCCUCACCAGGGGGGCCUUCCACCACUUCUGCAUUGGCCCCUUCAAGUUCUUCUGCAAACUCACCCUCAGACACUCCUGCUGUCUGCUCCCCUUCCUCCUCCUCAUCAGCCAAGAUACCCACACCCAGACCCCAUGAGAGCCCCACACUUCCUCCUCCACCUGUUCCCUCUUUGCACCCACCUGUUGGGAUUCCCUCUGGUAGCCCCCCCAUGGUAAUGACACCCCGAGGACCCAUGCCCCUGCCACUGUUUAUGGAGCAUCAAAUGAUGCAGCAGAUGCGUCCACCAUUUCUUCGCCCCUCUGGCCACCCUGGAGGGCCCAAUAGCCCCCUGUCAAACCCUAUUAUCCCUGGUAUUGGUCCACCGCCCCCUCCUAGGACCAUUGGUCCAGGAUCAAGCCCAAUGCACAGGCCCCUGCUGUCCCCACAUGUCCACCCCUCAUCCAAUCCCAACCCUGGCAUGAUGCCCCCCCACCCUGGGAUACCCAUGCCAGGCCUGCCCCCCUUCCCCCCAAUCAACAUGAUGCCCAAUGGACGCAUUCCUCUACCCCCAAUGAUGAACUUCGGCAUGCCAUCCUUGGCUCCAUUGGUACCCCCACCAACUCUCUUGGUCCCUUACCCUGUAAUUGUGCCCCUCCCAGUCCCAAUCCCUAUUCCAAUCCCGAUUCCCCUCAACCCCAAAACUUCUAGGGACCAGCCAGAGAAAAGUGGCUCCAUCGGUGGUGCUCGAGAGUCCUCUGAAGCUUCAGGUUCAGGGCCCCACUCUCCAGGGUCAUCUGGUGGUGACAGAGGUGAACAGAAAGUCGAGUCAACUGGUACAGAGCAUUUUUCUCCUGUACGCAGGACAGGGCUGGUGGACUUGACUGUGAAGGCAGAGGACAAUUCGGGCAGCCUGUGUCUAACCAGCGGCCCUAGACUGAUGGAUGGGGUGAUUGAUCUAACUGUGGGCCAGAGGCCAUGCCAACAGCAGGUAAUUCAGAGGAUGCUACCUGGGGUCCAGGUCAAAGUAGAGGCAGAAGCUGAACCAAGAUCUCCACCAGUUGCUGGGCUGGGGAAAGAAGGGAAAGGUAGUCAUAAUGGGGGGGAAGGGGCACCCUUACAAGGCAUCCUUAGUGCUACAGAGCUGGAAGGGGCCACACUCUCAAACACACUGGAAUCAUCAGGCCCACCCUCCAGCAACAGCAGCCCCUCUCACAAUUCUGAUCCUCCAGUGAACCAGCUACAUCCCUGUAUCUCCAAUGUUACCCCACCACCCUUGCCCAGCACAGCACAGACCCAGCCCCAACCCCUGCCCCAGUUUCAAACUAACCCUGUUGCUCCAUGUAACGUCAUAGUCAAUGGUACGGGAUGGCAUUCGCUUCUCACCUCUGCCUUUGAGUCUUGUCCUGACCGAAGAGGAGACAGUGUUGCAGGAGAAGGAGAGGGAGAGGCAGAGGAGCAGCCAGCCAAUGGUGAGCUGGAGCGUGAGGCACUGAAAGAGAACAAUUGCUCGGUUCGAGAUUGGGAGACAGGGAAGCGGGGCCCAGUGCAAGAUGAGAUGGCAGACACAGUGGAGGGUAAGCCAGACCCUGACUCCAACUUGGAGGAUGGUGAGCACGCCUAUGCCCUGCCGCUGCUGUCUACCGGAGGCUGUGUGGUCAUCCAGCCUGUGCCAAAGCCCGGUGCUGACAAGACGGCCAUCCUGUCCUGCUCCAUCAGUGCACCUUUAUCAGCAGCAGGAAGCCCUGAGCUAGAGCCACCGCUGAAGAGGAGGUGUCUGCGAAUCCGCAAUCAAAACAAAUGAGAUGGACGCUCUGAGGACCACAGUGCCAUCAACGACACUCACUUGUCCACCCUCCACCUCCAAAUCCCACCCCUCCCAACUACACCACCGCACAUGUGCACACACAAACAUUUCUCCUGUCCUCACUCAUCGUCCAGUCUACCAGCACCACAAAUCGCCUUCGACGACCGAUGAGAGUCCAACCAAACACGUUGAUGUGUGUCAUAGUAGAGCGGACAGGAUCGUGUGACAGAACUUCUACAGACUUGAUGUCAUGGCCAGCAGGAUUGCUUGACCUUUGAACUGCAGACAGUAUCCCUGCGACAGCAGGACUUUACCCCGCUGCUUCUUUCCUUGUUUAAAGACUCUCAGCUCACACUGGCUCUUAUAGCUUAUCCACUAUCCCCUAUCAAAGCAAGUGCUCACUAUUGUCUGUUACUAUGGAACGCAAUAUAUUGUGUCCUGUAUUCAAAGCUGCUGUUGGGACAUUAGUGAAGGAGCCACAUAGAGAGAUUUUGAUCCCUCAGUGAAAUGCUCCUCCGUAUCAACAGGUACAAAUAUCUGCUCUGGUAAGUGUUAUUUUUUGUCACACAGCUCGUCACUGAGGUAUAGACAGACACAGAGCAGGCAAAAAUUGGCAAAAAGUCUGUUCUUUCUUCUUAGCCUUCGCUUGUGCACAACUGGCAAAAGUGCACUUGCCAACCUGACACAAAGUGUUCCAGGUGAUUGAAUGGGUGGUACCUAAAAGAGAAGCACAAAGAUGAAUACAGUAAAUGUAAUAUGACUGAAGGUCAGUUUAAAAAGAUAUUUCAAUCAGAGGCUAGGAAACAGUCCUUGGACAUGAAAUCCCCAGUCGUGUUUAAUUAUUCUCACUGAAACAGCAACAGCAAAAGAGUAUAAAACAUGAACCUUCACCAGCAAGUAAUGUUGUUUUGGGUGGAAUCAUGCAAUCUCUGCCAUUUCC